AUGUCACUAACGCUUUUUACUAAUGACAAGAGGAGAAAAUAUUUAGGCAGCAACAGACCAGAAGGUCGCGUAGGACAUUCCCUACAUCAUUACUAUGAGUUAACUGCAACGGAGGAUGUGAGUGGUUCGUCGGGAAGGGACGACGAUGAAGAGACGGACCAGAUGAACGAAGCACACCAGAUGAGUGAAGCACACCAGAUGAGUGAAGCACACCAGAUGAACGAAGAACACCAGAUGAGUGAAGCACACCAGAUGAACGAAGCACAUCGGAUGGACGAUGCCUACUCGUACGCGAUAAAGUCUGGGUUUAUUUCAACUCGGGAGGAAUGCAAAUGUGGACGGGCCGAAACAAGCGGUAGAAAUGGUGGAGUUGAUGCUAAAGGAGAACUGCGGGAGGGAGAAGAAUCCGCUAAAGGUGGUAACCCGGAGGAGGCAUACACAGAAGAGAAGUUAUUCACCCAACGCCCUAACAGUGGGAACCAUUACAUAAGCAAUGACGACCAUCUGGGUAGCAUGCCCUAUGGGGGGAAGAAGGGUUACCAUAAUAGGUUCAUCCAUGGGAGGCAUAAAGUGGUGCUCUUCGGGGGAGGGCUACCAGAAGAGGAGUUUGUAAAAAAUUACGCAAACGGAUGUGUACAAGCCAAGGGUGAUGAAGAAGAUGGUGGCUACAGCAAGUACAGCGUGAUGACAGUGGAGAAUUCUCUACAAAAAACAUUUAAUGAUCUAUACAUUUGUGAAGAAGAAAAUGACGAUUUUGAAACCUGGGUAAAUGUGAAGACGCAUAAUGUGCCUGAAGCGAGGGCAUUCCACGCGUCGUGUAUUGUGAACUUGGGGUUAAGUGGCGUUUUUUUGUUUAUCCACGGGGGGAAGGUGAAGAAUGACGCGCUCGCGGAUGACCGGCUGUGUGCCUUGAACUUGAGCAAAGUUUCGUAUCGCGCAGGGGGAAGCAGGGGCGGCAGCGGAGAAGCGGAGGGAAGGGACCGAAGUGACAACAGCGAUCCCAGCGACAACAGUGACAGCCCCAUGGGAGAGGAAAACAACGAGCACAACCAGCCCGAGUGUAAUGAUCACCCGGAUGAAUCCGAGGGAGAGCAUCUUCCAGAAGGCAACCCUAUGAGGGAGAACCAACAUGGCCUCGCUAACAAUGCGGUUAUGAAAGAGGAUCGGAAUGGAGGGGACGAGCAGGGCGACCCCCCAAAUGAGGGCCCCCAAAAUGGUGUAGCAAAAAAGGAAGCAGAGUUGGAGGAAAAAGAAGAAGAAGAAACGUUUGGCGAGCCCCUAACUGGGAGAAGCAAAAAUUGUGAAGACCCAGUGGGGGAAGCCAAAUGGAAGAACAGCACUCAUCAUCCUGGUGAGAAAGGCAACCCCGACGUGGAUGAUGGCCCUCCUUACCUGAAGGAGGAAACGUGUAGUGAUGCAAAGCCAGAUGCGGCAAGGUUAGCGUCAAAGUUAACGGCUCCCCCCCAAGAAAGAAACGCUUUAGCCAAUCAGAAGAAGCGGAAGUGGUCGUGUUCGUCAUCCCACUUGUGCUCCGCCUCGAGCGGGUCAGGGUCCAGCGAGUCUGCCUCUAGCGGGUUGGCCUCCCCCUCCUCAUCAUCCUCUUCUUCCAACUCGUUGCCCCCGUGCGACUCGGGUUUUUUCCGGCCCAGCUACUACCGCACAGGAGAUAACCAAUUUGACGAAGAAGAUGAAGAUGUUCUUGUGAAUUCGCGAGUGCCAGUAAAAAGUUUGCUGCUCAGGCGAAACAACUCCUCGUGUGGUAGUGCCUCUUCCCCCUCGGAGGAAGACUCAGAUGUGGAAGCAGGGCACAAUGGGGAUUCCUCCCUCAAAAGGGUGAGGAGGACAUGGGUCCACAUACAAACAGUGGGUAGGAAGCCAAACAGCAGGUACGGACAUACCCUGGAUUUCCUCUAUCCCCAUCUGGUCCUAUUCGGAGGAAACGAACAUGUGUACGAUGAUGAGGAGAACUUUUUUUGUAAAAAUGACCUCUGGGUGUUGAACAUAAAAAAGGGGAAAACAAAAUGGGCAAAAUUGGGGAGGAAAAAAAUUCUAUACUUUCAUUGGCAAGAGGUGGAGUACCAAUCUGUAGACCCCCUGGGGAGAUACUUUCACGCCACCACCGUAUGGUAUGACGUAGAAAAUAAAACGAACAACUUAAUUUUGUAUGGGGGCAAAAUGAGAAAGAAGACGAGUGUGAGCAGCAGAUUGCUAGCUUUGCAGAAUUCUGGGAAUAAAUGGAGGUGGUCCAUUUUGCCUGUUUAUGUAGACCCCCUAAAUGAAAACAGAGCAUGUCACGCGAUGGUCUCCAUCCAAAAUCACAUUUUUAUAAUCGGGGGGGAGGAUUACACUUAUAAGUUUAUAGAGAAAAUGCCAUCCGCCUUAUACUCAUUUGAGUCAAAAAAAUUUCAGUACAUUAACGACUUCAGUGCGAAGGCCUGUUUAAAAUGUUUUGCAAAAAAUGAGACGAUUUACUCCUGGGGAGGAUUUACAGACGUACCAUGCAAUCAGAUUUUUUUCCCCAACAAUUUUGUUACCAUUGAUGUGAACCCCCAUGUGAUGUACAUACAGAUGAAGGAAGACCUUGCGGAUGAAUACGAUGAAAACAAUAACCUCGUUUUGAAGGAAGAGCCAGAUUCAGAUGAUAACAUUUACAAUCGCAUGAAUAAAAGGAUCUCGAAGGUGCAUAAUAGGAAGAUGGAGCUCGAGAAGGAUCUCCUCUACCAGAUAAAGCUGAAUGACAAUUUGAACUUUCGCAUAAAAUCGCAGAUGGUGCAGUACCAGAGGCUCGUGCAGCUGCUCAAUGUGAAGCAGACGCAGAACGCCCAUCUGAUCAACGCCUUCAAGCGCCAGAGCCUCCCCCUCGACGGUGUUGGCGGUGUUAGCGGCGUUGGCGGUGUUGGCGGUGUUAGCGGUGUUGGCGGUGUUAGCGGCGUUGGCGGUGUUAGCGGCGUUGGCGGUGUUGGCGGUGUUAGCGGUGUUAGCGGCGUUGGAGGUAUUAGCGGCGUUGGAGGUAUUAGCGGCGUUGGUAGUAGCAUCGGCGGCUGUGUUGGCGGUAGCAUUGGCGGUAGCAUUGGCGGAAGCAUCAGCGGAAGCGUUAGCGGCAGCGUCGCCGGGUGCCACGCCCUGCCGUAUGACGUACAUUCGGGAAUACACCACAUCGCCUCACACGACCUGCCGCACGGCUCGUACCACAGCCUGCACGAUGUGCCCCUGUACGACGCGAGCCCCAGCAUUGCCAUGAACAGCUGCAAUAUGAACAGCGUCAACCUGAGCAGCAUCAACCUGAGAAGCUGCAACCCGCACAGCUGCGCCCCCCACAGCUGCAACAACUACGCGCAUUACAACAGGGAGGACCUCUUCAAAAUGUCGAUGAGCGAGCAGGACAACUUCACCCACCCGAUGGCCGCAGACAUGAUGAAUACGAACGUCAGUGGGUUGCACAGCGAGUACGAAUGCAGUGUGGUGCCGCACAACGUGGAAGCGAGGCAAACAGGGAGCGAGCUGCCCGUGGCCGACGCAGACGCGUAUAAAAAUAUGCUGUCGAGUGAGAACGUCCGGAGCAUCCCCUACACGGAUUGCACGAAUGAGAAGGGAAACAAAAACGUGGAGGAGCAGUUGCCCUUUGAGGGCGGGGUAGCGCCGGAUCAGGCCGGUGCACCGAUCAACCAAGUGAGCGCAGCGGGCGAAAACCCCCCAUGUGGGGGGUACUACCCCAAUGAGGGACACCACCCCAGUGAGGGAUACAACCCCCCUUGCGAACCAGGCAGAAGUGCCCCCGGGAGUGCGCCGUUCCACACGUUUAAUGGCAUGUCCGAGCUGUGCGCCACCAAUGGAGGGCAGCUCCCCUGGGAUGGACAUACAAGUGGUUACUCCAACGGAGCAGGUCAUCCGUACAGCCGAAAGGAUCACCCUCCCGACAUGCCCAUGAAGAAUAGCACCCCUUUUGCGAAUGAUUAUUGCACGGGGAUGCCCCUGGAUGUGCCCACAAAUAACCUCCAGGCGAGUAGCAACAACGAUGGAAUUGGCAACCCGCCGUCCACACAGAGGGGCGUUAUUGGCAACGAAAAGGAAGGAAGCACCGCUACGGGCGCCAAGGACGAGAGUGUGCAAGCCCAGGCAGAGGGGAAUUGCACAAACAGGGAGGCGUCCAAUCAACGGGUGCGCCGAAAAACGGCCGCCAAGUGCUUGGAGCUGAUUGAGCAGGACAGGCUCAGCAGGAUGAUGAGUGAGAAGUAG